ACCGCUCUCCACCACACAAAGUACGCAACAUCGAGGUCGGUCUUCUCAUAACUUCCGCCACUUGUGGCUGCGACUGGGAGAUGCGCCACCUCAGUCACAAUCAGCAGAGCAGAGCGGAGCACGAGAUGUCGAGAAUCGAGACGUAAUAUUUCGUCACUUGAGACUUCAUCUCUGGAGAAUCUCGUUCGCUGAUUCUAUUCCGGACUUCCUGCAAUCUGUUGGAAGCCCUGGUUUUAUGCAGUAGUAGACCGUCAGGUGCCUGGAACUUUUUCGAGACGAAGAAAUUCAGCUAUGCUUUGGAUCUGGUGUUUCUUGCACGCACCUCCCGCUGUCGCUCCGAGUUCGCCGUUUCGCAUCGCCUCGUGCUCCUUGGUUUUCUUAGCUUUCUUAGCUCGGCUGCAAGCACACGAUGCGAGUAGGACCAUGUAGCCCCGAUACUCCCUCGGUGUUGCCAGGAAUUUUUACUCAUCCUCCGGUUAAUACUGAUACUUCGCAAGUUGCGGAGCGAGUUAAGGCUGGUGAAGCCUCAACCGCAUCUGUACCCGUUAUAAGUCCGGUAGCUGAUAAUCCUCCACUGGUUAGUGUUUCCGGCGUGACAGAGCCAUUCGCUCCUCGAGGCUCGCCUUCUCGGGUUUCGUCUCUUGCUCCCCUUGCAGUUUCCGCGUCUCCUCCCCCUCCUCCGCCGACUGGCAGCGCGGUAGCUUCACCAGCGCGGCUGCCUCGGGUGCCGUCUCAGCAAUGGUCUACGGCUACUGCUACAGCCGACGCCACAACCGCCGCUACAACCGACGCUACGGCCGCCGCUACAGCCGACGCUCCGGCCCCUGCUGCUGCCGCUGCUACAACCGUAGUAACCCCGGGAACUCCAGUAUCCAGCCACGAAUCUCAGGAGCACUACCUCCUCCCAUCCGCGGCUUACGGCGUGCUUUCCGUCGCAGCUCCGGGUGUCGCCGACGACGCCAUGGCGACGAAUUCCGUCGCAAUCCCGUCGCUCAGCCUCCCGCUCGCGGCCCUCACACCAGCUGUUCCUCCUCCGUCGCCGUAUCUGCCACCGGCACGAAGCGUCGGACAUCCUCUUUCCACUUCCCGCGCCGUUCCGCAAACCAUGCCAGCUGGGUCGGUUCCCCCUGCGGGUUUCCCCAGAAGCCCCUUGGUUUCCCCCGCGGAGAUACCCCCAGGCGCAGUUUCCCCCGCUGCUCCGCCAGGCCUCCCCGCGGUUCAGCUCUGCAUGUCGCCGCUGCUGAUGCCCGCGCCACUGCAGCUACCGCCUGCGUCGCUCGCGCCGGUUAUGCAGCCAGCUAUGUCGCCGAUUAUGCAGCCCGUUCUGCAGCAGGGUAUGUCGCCGGUUAUGCAGCCGAUUAUGCAGCCGGUUUUGUCGCCGGUUAUGCGGCCGGUUAUGCCGGUGAUGCACCCGAACCUAGUGAGCACGCUCAAGUCUAUUAUCUCCGCGUCCCCCUCCGAUCAGCAGAGCCACGUGGAGGCGCAGGCGCAGGGGCAGGCGCAGGCGCAGGGGCGGGGACAGCGGGAGGCGUGGGGAGAGGGGCAGGUGUGGGGAUGGACGGCUGGGCAAGAGCAGGGGCAGGCGGAGUGGCAGGGGCAGGUGCAGGGGCAGGGGCAGGCGCAGCGGGAGUGGCAGGGGCAUGCGCAGGCGGAGUGGCAGGGGCAGGGGCAUGCGCAGGGGCAACAGCGUCAGCACCCGCGGUGGCAGCUGCAGCAGCCACAGUCGCAGCCGCAGUCGCCGCAGCAGCUACCAAUGGCUACCAUGCGACGUGUGCGAUCCCACGAGCAGAUGCGACAGCUGGAUCUGGCGAUGCGCCGUCGCUUUGGCCGCUGGUCGCCAGAUGCGACGUCGCGCGCGUCGCAUGUCGCGUCGUUUGGGUCGCACAAUCCUGUCGCUGUGUCGUCUGCUGCGUCAGCUGCGCCACCCGGAGCCGUUAAAGAUCCCCCGGGCACUGAUCCUAGGAGCGCAAAUUCUGUGACGGCGCCUCAGGCAUCCGCGAUACGAGCAGCCUCGAUUUCAUCCAUUUCGCCAGCAGCAGGAGCAGCAACCCCAGCAGCAGCAACAACAGCAGCAGCAGCCUCAGCAGCAGCAGCCGCCGCAGCAGCAGGAGUUGGGUUGGGGUCAUUGUCAUCAUCGCCCCCACCUCCCUCCCCCACCCUUCCAUCCCCACCGAUGCGGCUCUCUGCUUCUCUGCCGUCUCUCCCCCGCGUUCCAGAGGCAUCAGUGCCUCUUGAUCCUGGCUUCGCGGAACCUUCUCCAUCCACUAUCGCGUCUGCUGCUCCCCGCGCUGCUGCUCCCCCCCCUGCUGCUUUCCCCCGCUUCCCCCCCUCUCACUGCACCCCCGCUUCCGCCUUCCCUCUAGGGCCCUGCGCGCGCGGCCCUUCCCGUUCCUCCCCAGCGCCUCCACUGGCGUCACCGCCCACAACACCUUCCGCCCACCCCGCGCGGGCCCCAAUCCCCCCCGCGUGCCCGCCCGCCCCUGCAUCUGCGCCAUCAACUCCCUCCGCGCACUCCGCUUGCGCUCCCCCUCUCCCCCCCGCGUGCCUGUCCGCGCCUGCGUUUCUGCCAUCCGCUGUUUCCCCCGUUCCCCCUCCCCCCGCGCCUGUAGCUGCGGACGGCUCGUCCAGCCUCCGCCCUGCUACUUCCGCGGGCUCCCUCCCCCAGCCUCUUACACUGCCGCCCAGCAGCGUGCCGCCCAGCAGUGUGCCACCCAGCAGUGUGCCGCCCAGCAGCCAUCUAGGGGACACUUUGCCGCCCACGGACGUGCCACCCAGCAGCACUCGAGGCAGUGUCGUACUAUCUUGCAGGCCAGUGAACGGGGAGAGAAGGAAACGAGGGGCGGAGGAGGUGGGAGAAGGUGGAUGGGGGUCGGUUUCCAGUCAGAAACGCACGAAAAAGGGAGGGUUAGGGGGAGAGGAAGCGGAGGGAGGAGGGGAAAGGGGAGGAGAAGGGGGAGGAGAAGGGGGAGAGGAAGGGGAGGGAGAAGGGGCCGGAGUGGCGGGUCUUGCCUCUGCAGUGGAAGAAGGAGCAGGAAGGGAGAUGGGACGUGCUGAUGCUGCUCGAGUAACUGAGUCUCCCAUUCUCUCUGGCCCUGCGAUGAAUGACACAUCCCCUAAUCCUCAACUCCCCGCUUCCCCCGACGCCACUCUGCUGCUGGACACGGCCAUGCUCUCUGAAGCUCCUGUUGGCGUCCCUGUUGGAUCCCCAGCGCUCCGUCUUUCUAACCCAGCGUCUCUCCUUCCCUCUCCCAUGCUUGCUGACACGGCUUCUGUCACUAUCACUGCCUCUGUCCCUGAGACCGCUUCUGUCUCCGACACUGCUGAUAUACAGGACCUCGCCCUAGUGCCUCCGCGCCUGCCCGAUACCACCCUGCUUGAUACCCCCACGCUCCUUGACCCUCCCACCCUGCUUGGCCUGUCAUCCCUACCUGCCCCUUCCUUACUGCCGCCACCUUCUGCUCUGUUGGAUGUUCCUGCUGUCGAUCUGCCGCCCUUGGAGCUGCCGCCAAUCUUGUCUCCAGGGCCCACAGCUACAGUUGCGGCUGUUGCUGCUGCUGCAGUGUCAUCAGUUGACGCCGCCGCUGCACCAACCGACACUGCUGCCGCACCAGCUGACACUGCUGCCGCACCAGCUGGCACUGGCGCAGGGAGUAGCGAUGCAGGUGCAGCGAGGGACCCUGCUCUUAUUGAGUUAACAGCAGGGAGGGCGGUUGUAGCGGGUGUUGAUGCUGCUGCAGCUGCGGGUGCCGCGGUAGCAGCAGCAGCAGCAGCAGCAGCAGCAGCAGCAGCUGAUGAAGAGGCCUCCAUGCCUGCUCCUCUCACUGCUCCUGAUGAUGCUGCUGCCCUCACUGCCUCCACUGUAGCUGCAGCACUUGUUACAGAUGCUGGUACGUUUGCAAUUGUCGCGGCUGCUGGUGCUGCAGACGCCCCUCUGACUACUGCCGGUGCUGCUGCUGCAGAACCUGCGGUGGACGUUGCUACACCAGCUGAUGCUACAGUGGCUGCUGGUUCUGCAGAAACUGCAUUGGAUGUUGCUACAGCAGCUGCUACAGCUGCUGUAACUGGUGCUGCAGACGCCCCUCUGAUUGCUGCUGCAGAAGUUGCGAUGGGCGUUACAAUGAGUAUGGCUACGGAUCCAUCGGCUCCUGCAACUGUUGCCUUGGAGCUUCCCACUGGGCUGCUGGAUGCUGGCAUUUCAGGUGCUGAUGUUGCUAGUGCCGACGUUUCAGGUGCCGGGGUUGUUGCUAAGGUUUCAACUGCAUCUGGUGCUGGUGCUGGUGCUGGUGCUGGUGUUGGUGCUGGCGAUGGUGUUGUUGCCGAGGCUCCAGCUAUUGGAAUGGCUGCAGACGUCACAGCAGGCCUUCAGUUUCCAACACAAGGGGUCACAGUAACGGGUGUGCUGGCUUCUAAUCCAGCAGCGGCCACUAGAGCAAUCGCCGUAGCAGCACAAGCAGCAGUGACUUUUGAGUCCACCACCUUUGGAAAAGCAUUGGCAUCGGCAUCGGCGCCGGCACAGGCAUCUGUGGCCAAUGGCAAGCAGGCCAAUGGCACUAACGUCAGGCAAGCAGAGAUCGUCUCGCUCGACCUUAUCCACAACCGCCGCCCGUUCCUCUGCCACGUCAGCGGCUGCGGGAAGACUUUCAAGAACUGGCAGACGCUGAAGAUGCAUCUGCGCACGCACGACCUGCCCGACUCGGUGUUUCAAGCGGCUUGUGAGGAUGCUCUGGGCCCGCGGCACGGGGGCAGCAAGGCCGGGCAGAACAAAAAGAUUCCGUCGCGCUGCCCGGAGUGCGGGAAGACGUUUGUGGGGCUGUACGAGCUGAGGCGGCACUUUGGGAGGAAGCACCAGCAGGGGGAGAAGCCGUUCGCGUGCAGCAAAUGCAGCAAGCGUUUCUUUGUUGAGGCGGAUCUGAGGGACCACGGGAAGAUGUGUGGCCAGAUGCUGGUGUGCCGCUGCGGCAUGCAGUUCGCCUUCAAGUGCAACCUCGUCAACCACAUGCGCUCCCGCCCCCUCUGCCAACUGCUCUCUGCCGCUUCUCCGCUCCCCGCCCCUCCUCCCACCGCUGCUGCCAAUGCCGCCGCCGCCGCUGCUGCUACUGCGGCCGCUGCCACUGCCGCUGGUGGUGCGGGCGUUGCUGGUGGUGGUGGUGGUGGUGGUGGUGGUGGUGGUGGUGGUGGUGGUGGUGGUGGUGGUGGUGCUGGAAGUUCAGGGGGAGGGGCAAUGGGAGGAGCACCAGGGUCAGGGGCAGGGGCAGGAGUGGGGGCAACAGCUGCCGCAGCAGGAAUGCAAUUGGGGGGGAUGACAGCCUUUUCAGAACUGAGUGCUUCGAGUGUCGGUGGUGCUGGUUUGAGCUGCGCUGCUGCCAGCGGCUCCUCCUCUGCUGCUGGUGGGGUUUCCACUGUUGCUGCUUCUGCUGCUGCUGCUGCUGCUGCUGCUUCCACUGCGGCUAGUCGAGGUGCGUCGAGGAGGGGCAGGGCUGCUGCUUGUGGAGCGAGGAUGGGUCGAGUGAGCAGUGCCGAUACCCCUCGCACUGUUGCUACCAGCGGUUCAAGGGCGUAUGCGCUGGCUCCUCAAGAUCCCAAUGUGCGCGCUCGGUUUGGCAGUGGAGACUGGCUGUCUCAGGAGCAGCAGCAGCGGCAGCGGCAGCAGCAGCAGCAGCAGCAGCAGGAUCUGCAGCUACUGCAGCAGGGACAACUUUUUCAGCUGCAGCUGCAGCAGCAGCAGCAGGAAUUUCAACUGCAACAGCAGCAGCAGCAGCAGCAGCAGCAGCAGCAGCAGCAGGAAUUUCAACUGCCACAGCAGCAGCAGCAGCAGCGGCGGGAUCAUUGCUUGCAGCUGCAGCGGCAGCAGCAGCGAGUGAGGGAGGAGCAGCGGCAGUUACAGGAGCAGCAAGUGGAGGAGGGCCUCGAACGAGCUCGGAGGGAGAAGAAGGCCAGUCAGAAGCGGGCAAGGCAGAAGCAGUAUCGGAGCGCCCGGACACAGAACCAAGAGCAUUAUCAACAGCAGCAGCAGCAGCAGCAGCAGCUCUCAGGUGUUCGCACCUCUCCCACUGCCGAAAACGUGAAAGCAAGCAGCGCCUUCUCUAUCUCCCCUGUGCCUUCCUCCAUGCCCAAGGCACUUGCACGCCCGGCUCUACCCACUCCUCGGUUCAGCUCGUCCACUCAGGCUGCAGUUGCAGCGCUGUUACAACCAGCACCAGCUGCUGCUGCGACUGGUGCAGCUGCUGCUGCUUCUGCUGCUACUGCUGCUUCUGCUGCUGCUGCAAAUCGGUUGCAGUUUGAAGGCUUUCCAGCUCAAAUGCCUACCGCCCUGUCGCAAUUCCCCGCAGGUUUCUUUCCUCAUUCUCGCAUGCCCCUGUUUCCGCACCCCGGGAUGCACUUGCAGCAGUACCCUGCCGCCUCGGGCGUUUCCCCCUUCCCUCCAUCCCUCAUUCCCAGCCCAGCCUACCCAUACCAUCCAUCUCUCCCUCAACAUUCAAUCAGCACAUCUCCUGCUACAGCCGCCGCUGCUGCUGCUACAGCCACUACUGCUGCUGCUACAACCGCCACUGUGCCUCCCGCUGCUCCUGCUGACCUUGCUGCCAGCUCAUCAGCUCCGUCCUUGCACGCUGCUACAGCUGUCCCUAUGGCUUCAGAUGGUGCUACAGCCACCCAUGCGGCUAAAGCCUGGGGAUCUGCAGCUUACGCAGGUGCUACAGCUGCUGCUGCUGCUGCUACACCUCAGAACGACCUUUGAGGUGGCUUAAAUUGCAGCACAAGGGGUGGGUGGGGCAGAGGAGACAACUUAAAGCACUGUAGCUGCGGUAGCAGCUUUAGCCGCUGUGCCUGCAGCAUCUGUAGCCGCUGUGCCUGCACCAGUGGUGGCAGCUGCAAUUGCAGCACCUGCAGCGGCAGUGACUGCAGCAACUGCAGGAACUGCAUCGAUCUGUGCUUCUACAGGACUGUGCUUGUAUGGAACUGUGUUUAUACUCAGCUUAGCUGAAACUGAGGUGUGGUAACAGCCUGGAGACUUUGAUUUCAGGGAGAUUGGGGGAAGUGGAGGAAGUGGGGGGAAGUGGGGAAGUGGGGAAGGAAUGGGGAAGUGGGGUGGUGGGGAGUGGGGAAGGGAGAGGAGUGGGGAGGAAGAUGCAAGGAUUGCUUGGACCAGGAUCACUACAGGAGAGGUUUUACUGGCCGUGUGGUGUGGUGAGGAUGUGGGCGGGGAGAUGGGGUGGGAGAAGCAGAAGCAGACUUCUGAGUCGACUCAAAAGUCAUUUGGUUUGUGGAGGAUGUGGGUGGGGGAGACGGGGCGGGGGACCACAGAAGCAGACCUUUGAUUCGGACUCGAAAGUCAUUCAGAGUCAUUCGGUUUGUGAAGGAUGUGGGAGGGGAGAGGGGGCGGGGGAUGCAGAAGCAGAGUUGCAGCAGAGUAUAAGAUGCCACAGGCUGAAACAGCAGCCCAACUCAGCUGCUGAAUACACUAGAAUGGCCACGAUUAGUGGGCGUUCAUUCAAGAGUGCCUCUCUACUACACUUAAGCGGGUUACAGAAAGGGGGCACUACACUACACUCCAGAGACCUGACCACUGAAGUGGUCAUGGGUCAACUCAACAUACUACAGUCUUCAAUACACCACUCAAGAAGGUAACAUACGGCACUACUACCCUAUUGGUCAACUGAAGGCUUCGAGAUGGGUGUGGCGGUGACCAUGGCUCCAGAAACGCUGGAGCAUAUGCCUGCCUAGUACCAUACAUGCGUGCGAUGUUACCAAACCUCUUGGGUGUUACACAGGUGGAUGUAGGUUUGCUGCCUACCCCACUAUACCGAGUAUCUGAGGGGGGUAAUGUUUUUUGUGGGCGUUGUUUUCUGAAAAUAUUCUGUACUUUCCCUAAACAUGGUUUGGUCUUGUACUCUAUUACUGC